AUGGGGCCCCCGGGCAAUAGGGGAUCAUGGGGCCCCUGUGUAUUUGCCCAAACUUAAAAAAGCCUCCAAAACACUCAUACUGUGCGACAUGAAUCUAAAUUGACCACAGCAGCUCUUUUAUUAAAGCACUAAUUCCAUGUACAGUGAUAACAAAAUUGCCAUACAACAUUACAACCAGGGGCGGACUGACAACUCAUGGGGCCCCCGGGUAAUAGGGGAUCAUGGGGCCCCUGUGUCCUUGCCCAAACUCAAAAAAGCCUAUGAAAAAGGUACCAGGGGCAUCUCAUGGGGCCCCCUACUGACCCCGGGCCCUCAGGCAGUGCCUGAGUUUCCAAAUGGUCAGUCCGCCCCU